AUGCUGCGACGAUAUGCGACAGUAGCGUCCAAGCCUCUUUCUCGGCUAGGCGCUCGAGGGAAAAGUCCUGUUAGCCUCGACCACUUCAUUCAGCGACAGCGCGUGCUGGCAUUGUGGCGAGACAUUGUUCGGAGUACAGCCAACAUCCCCGAUGAAGCGGCAAGGAAGGAUAUGCGACAGUUUGCAAGAUCUGAGUUUGAACAGCAUCGCCGAGUGACUGACCUAGGCCACAUUCGAUACCUGAUUUCCCAUGGAAAAACGCAAUUCCAGGCAAUGAGAGACACUCUUAUUAACUCUGGUAUACUCACUGAAUAA